AUGUGAGUUACCCACAGGACCAGAAUGGAGAUGAUACCCCAGUAUGACCUGUCCAGACUGCCAGAAAACACGGCACUGAAGCAGCAAACGUUGCCUACCCAGCAGCUGAAUUUAUCUGCCUCGGUGGUCCUGUCUAUCUUUUUCACCACAGGAGGAUUCUGCCUCGCCACAGGCAUUAUCCUUCUAUUGUCUGCAAAGAGCACCAAGAAAAUUGAGAUAAAUUACACAAACACGUGUGCAAAUUGCGCCCAGCUACGGAAAGAUAGUUCUAAUUUUGACAAAGCAUGCAACUGCUCUCUUCCCUUUUACCUUCCAGAGAAAAUGGAGGGUGAUGUUUAUAUGUACUACAAAUUGUAUGGUUUCUAUCAGAAUCUCUAUCGAUAUAUUUUAUCAAGAAGCAAUACCCAAUUGGUGGGUAAGGAUAUUUGGGAUACUACAAACUGUUCUCCAUUCCAAGUGUCCUACAAUGGCACUCCCAUCAUUCCUUGCGGUGCAAUUGCCAACAGCAUAUUCAAUGAUACCAUAACUCUUUCAUACAUCCUGGAUUCGUCUACACAGAUAGAAGUCCCAAUGCUAAAGAGUGGGCUUACAUGGUGGACAGAUAAGUAUGUCAAAUUUCGGAAUCCACAAUCCAGUAACUUUACUAGUACAUUUGCAGGAAGUGCAAAGCCUCCGCACUGGGCCAAACCUAUCUAUGAACUGGAUCUAGAUGACCCAGGAAACAAUGGCUUUGUCAAUGAGGACUUCAUUGUGUGGAUGCGGACGGCUGCAUUUCCCACUUUCAAAAAACUGUACCGCCGGCUGCACCGCGUGCACUUCUUCGCAGAGGGCUUGCCUGCCGGUAACUACAGCUUGAGUAUCUCCUACAAUUUCCCAGUAACCAUGUUCCAAGGAGAAAAAUCUGUUGUCCUUUCUACCCUGACAUGGAUCGGGGGAGGGGCCCUUUUCUUGGGGCUUACAUACACAGUGACAGGGGCACUGACACUGCUGGCCUCUUUCGCCAUCCUGACGAUUCACUUGAUACUGAAAAGGGGUAAACUGGAUUUCGUGUAG